AUGGACGUAUGGUUCGUAACGACACAGUACCCAAAAUAUGGCGAACAUCCUCCGUACGACACCGUGUUUCAUCCUGCUAUAUCUUCAGUGACAAGUUCUUAUACCAUGCGUGUGCCAUCUGUGUACCUUGUAUGGGAUUCGAAGCUUGGCGUCAUCGCGUUACGUCGUCGGGAGCGACAAUUAGCUAUCAGUCGCUGUGGUUUUGUGUUAGCUGGUAUAUACUUUCGAAUUGAUCAAGCUACAGCAAUGCAACUGCCUGUAGCACUCAAGAUCAUGGAUCGUGCUCAAGUGUUACUUCAGAAAGACGACGUGGAGAGUGAGAUUCGUAUUAUGAGUCAAUUGCAGAUGAUCGGCAUUGAUGCGCCCCUGGCGAAUAAGUACAUGAUCCGAUGGGAAUACGCUAGUGAUGCUUAUAAUCAAUACGUAGUAACCGAACAUGUGGCCAAUGGCAGCUUGCAAGCUUACGCUCAUCGUCAGGUGCAUCACUUGAUGUUCCGACACUUGCACGAGUUUGCACAAAUUCAUGGGGUUGCUCCUACUAAAUUAGAAUGCAUUUCCUAUGUCUAUCGAGGUUCGGGUCAUGAGUGGAUGAAGGAAGGGAUAGAUAUUUUUGAGGAAAUUAUACGAGCCUUAACGUAUUUACAUGCACAGAAUGUGGCGCAUUUAGAUCUGGAUGUAUACAAUGUCGCGGUAGAUGGACGAGCGUGUCCAAGAAUAAUUGACCUGGGCAGUGCACAGAUUAUGGAUAAUAGAGGUAUGGUGGGUACCGGAUAUGUUAAUAUUAAGUGCAAGCCAGUAUAUGUGUCGCCAGAAGUGCGAGCGCAGCAGAGAAUGACACCACCGAGACCAGGAUUUCAUGGCGCUGCGGCGGAUAUGUGGGCUGCAGGAGUUAUUUUGGUGCAGUGUGUUGUGUGGGGAUUUCGAGGUGGACCGACGUACCUUGUAUCUAAUACAAACUGGCGGAAGGAUGUAUUUAGCCAUAUUGAUGCGACUUGCAGUCACAUGACGUGUCAUUUCUGUGUGAAUUUCAUUUCCGUUCCACCGCUCAUAGGCGCUAUCAUUAAACAGUUGCUUCAUGUGGACCCUAUUCAGCGACCUUCAGCGUACGAGGUCGCAAUAGCAUUGCAGGAAAAACGUCACGUGCAAUUGUUUCCUGUCCGCCCAAGAGUGAAAGGAUAA